GGCGUCACAAAUCUGCUGCAACUUAUGAACUAUAAGUAUCGUCAUUAUUGUUUUGGUUUGCAAAGGCCAAAUGAAUGAACAUGUUGUGAAACUAUCGCAGUUAUUACUCUAAACUCCAAAGCCUGGCGUUGCCUCAGUGCCUAGAUCUGCCUGUAUAGUUGCUGCUUAAUAAGUUAAACUCUUUUAUUGCGGUUAAAGCCUUUUCCCACACGUACUUGGAUUGCGGAUUUUACACGACUACCGUUAUAUCAUUACAAAGCUUUUCCCGCAUUUUUCUUGUGAAUCCUCCCAGAAUUUACCACUAAAAUGAUCGAAUUCGUUAUUGGAGGUAUAGUUUUGCUUCUGGGGUUGAUUUUUUUCCGAUCAGAACGACGAGCUGUCGACAAUCUACCGCCCGGACCUCCAGGUCUGCCGGUUGUGGGCAAUCUGCUACAACUGGGAAGAACGCCUCCGUUCAAGCGCUUCAUGGAAUGGCGGAAGACGUACGGUGACACGUUUCUGAUUCACAUGGGCAGCCGCUUCCCCAUGGUGGUCAUGCACGACUACGACACCAUCAAGAAAGUCCUGAAUGACGAGGUCACCACCGGGCGGGACCAGCGAUUUGUCUUUGUUAAAGAUUUUGCAGGAAAAGGUCUGAUAUUUACGCAAGGAGAUUUGUGGAAAGAACAGCGUCGCUUCGCUAUUUCCACGCUGCGCGACUUUGGCAUGGGCAAGACCUGGUUGGAAGACAAUAUUAUCGCCGAAGUCGAGGACAUGUGUGGUAUGCUGAGGAAGCUAAAUCGACAGCCCUUUGAUCCUAAAACAUUGUUAUCGCAUUCUGUGUCCAAUGUGAUUUGUGCUCUUGUUUUUGGAAAACGAUUCGACCAUUCCGAUGCAAAAUUCGGCAAACUAUCAACACUUUUUGCGGAGAACAUACGUGUUAUUGGUCCAGUUUUGGCAGUUGUGCAAGCGUUUCCCAUCUUGCGAUUUGUUCCCGGGCCAUUUCGCCGUGCCGUGAAAGUCGCCCGGCGAAACUUCGGCGAUCUAUACGCAUUCUGUAAACAGUUAAUUAAUGAGCACCAAAGCAAAUUCUCAUCGGAGAGUGCGGAUGAUUACAUUGAUGCCUACCUGAAAGAGGCCCAAGAGCAAAAACGCAAAGGAAUUGUUGACAGCACUUUUUCCGAACAGCAGCUGAUUAUUUCCGUAUUGAAUUUAUUCGCCGCCGGGACCGAAACGACAUCAACGACCACCCUUUGGGCGUUGGUUUUUCUCCUGGAGAAUCCCGACGUUAUGCGCAAGAUGCAGAAGGAAAUCGAUGACAACGUACCGCGCGAUCGCUCUAUUCGGAUGGAAGAUAAAGGUCUGCUGCCCUACACCGAAGCCGCAAUUCUGGAAAUCCAGCGCUGCGCCAGCCUUGUACCCUUAGGAGUGUUCCACCAAACUCUGGCGGAUACAGUGAUCGACGGAUACAACGUUCCCAAAGGCACACUGCUGGCCGCCAAUCUGUACAGUGUCCAUCACGAUCCACGCUAUUGGAAGAAUCCGACCUCCUUCGAUCCUAAUCAUUUUCUGGACGCUGACGGGAAAGUUGUACAUCCAGCUGCUGGGUUUGCUCCUUUUGAAGUCGGCAAAAGGUCAUGCCUGGGGGAGGCUUUGGCCAAGAUGGAACUGCAUCUCUUUAUUGCCAACAUUGUCAAGGAUUUCAGUCUAGAAAACGAACCGGGAAAGAAAGUUUCCCAUGAAAAUUUUGUGUCCAGCUUUGUUCUUGGUCCAUCGCCGUGUAAAAUGGUUUUCGUUCCACGAUGAACACGCCCUCAUUAUAUGUGGAGAGCGUUUUGUACUGAUGGUCUAUUACAUUUUGCGAAUGUCUCUAAAAUAACAGCAGAAAAUACAUAGUCGACUUGGAAAAGUUUUUUGUUGCGAUUCAUAAAGUGUCUGCAUGUCUGGCUUUCGUGCAAGCAUAUUCAUCCGCUUGUGAAUCUGCGCUGGCAGAUGGAACUUUGUAACUUCUUCUCAAGACUGAAAAAGGCAUGAGAAUAUUUUGCAAAAGUGGA